CCUGCUGUCAUUAACAUUUUGCAGGAGUUCGCUGACGUCUUUCCACAAGACGUGCCACCGGGAUUACCACCUAUUCGAGGGAUUGAGCAUCAGAUUGAUUUAAUUCCCGGUGCAUCGCUACCAAACCGUGCACCAUACCGUACCAAUCCAGAGGAGACGAAGGAGAUUAUGCGUCAAGUACAAGAGCUACUCGACAAAGGUUAUAUACGUGAAUCUCUUAGUCCUUGUGCUGUGCCUAUUAUUCUAGUGCCGAAAAAGGAUGGUACAUCGCGUAUGUGUGUUGAUUGUAGAGGCAUUAAUAAUAUUACUAUUCGUUAUCGUCAUCCUAUUCCUAGGCUAGAUGAUAUGCUUGAUGAAUUAAGUGGCUCUAUAAUUUUCUCUAAAGUUGAUUUGCGUAGUGGAUACCAUCAAAUUCGCAUGAAAUUGGGAGAUGAAUGGAAAACGGCAUUUAAAACUAAGUUUGGAUUAUAUGAGUGGUUAGUUAUGCCUUUUGGUUUGACUAAUGCACCUAGCACUUUCAUGAGAUUAAUGAAUGAGGUUUUACUAUCUUUUCUUGGCUAUGUUGUUACUCCACAGGGAAUUGAAGUUGAUAAAGCUAAGAUUGAAGCUAUUGAGAGUUGGCCGCAACCCAAAACGGGUCAAGCAAAACUGAACCGUAGACAUGCUAAAUGGGUUGAAUUCAUUGAGACUUUCCCGUACGUCAUUAAACACAAGAAGGGUAAAGAUAAUGUUAUUGCUGAUGCUUUGUCUCGUCGUUAUACUAUGCUUUCACAACUUGACUUUAAAAUAUUUGGUUUGGAAACCAUCAAAGAUCAAUAUGUGCAUGAUGCUGAUUUCAAAGAUGUGUUGGAGAAUUGUAGAGAAGGGAGAACAUGGAACAAGUUCAUCAUUAAUAAUGGCUUUGUGUUUCGUGCUAACAAGCUAUGCAUUCCAGCUAGCUCUAUUCGUCUUUUGUUGUUACAGGAGGCGCAUGGAGGAGGAUUGAUGGGACACUUUGGCGUAAAGGCCAAGAUGACUGCCAAAGAGUUUGAGGAGCUUUUCCUCAAUGGCCACAACUAUCCUACAUGGGCCAUGGACAUCAAGAUCAGUCUUGCGUCCCGUGGGAUUGCGCGUGCAAUCCAGCCCCCGGAGACUCCUCUCCUGGCUGGAGCCACGCCGCUGACAGAACAGCAGAAUUAUGCUGCUUUAUUCAUCAUAAGGCACCAUAUUCAUCUAGAUCUCAAGUCUGAGUAUUUACAGGAGGAAUCUCCUAGUACUCUGUUUCUGGCCCUCGAAACGAGGUAUGAACAGCAGAAGGCAGUGGUUCUGCCUGAAGCACUCCAUGAUUGGACUCAUCUCCGCCUUCAGGAUUUCAAGUCCAUUGGUGAGUACAAUCAUGCUGUUCAUAAGAUAUGUUCCAAACUGCGCUUUUGUGAGAAGGAACCUACUCAGGGGGAGAUGAUAGAAAAAACUUUAUCUACUAUGCUCCCUUCUGAUAGGAUCCUCCAACAGCAAUACCGUGCUCGCAACUACACUGUCUAUUCCGAGCUUAUUCACAUGUUACUUCACGCUGAAAAGCAUGAUGAGCUACUCGCUAAGAAUGGCUCUCAGCGCCCAGUUGGGGCGCAACCUUUACCUGAAGUCCAUCUGAAUGUCGCGAAUAGACAGAAGUUUAAUGGUACCUUUCGAGGUAAACAUUCCAAUUCUGAGCACAAGCACAAGCGCAAUGGGAACAGAAAAUUCAGAAAACUGGGCAAGGGAAAAGGCACUGCAAAGCCAAAGUUCGAUAAAUCUAAGCUUUGCAACAAGUGUGGAUGCUACUCGCAUUCUACUGAAAAGUGCUCCAUGCCCAAGCAUCUGGUCAUGUUGUACGAGCAAUCUUAG